AACCUGGGGCGGUUCCUCGCCCCUCCCCCCGGCACUCCGCAAACCGCGUGAGAGGGCGAGGUGGCGCCCUCGCGCGUGCGCGGAGGGGCGGGGCCUCAGAAAACGAGCCCUUUGGCGCCUCGAACCGCCCGGACCCGGCCGCCGACCAAUCAGCGCCCGCGAAUCUGGGGCGGCUCCUCGCCCCUUCCCCCCCGGCACUCCGCGAACCGCGUGAGGGGGCGAGCCAGCAACUAAUGAGAUGCAAAUGAAUUCCCUGUCGCCGUCCCCCAUCCCUGCAUCUCCUGGGCCGUUCAAUAAUCCCACCAGCGCCCCGAGGUUCGGCACCGUGAUCCCUAAUCGCAUCUUUGUGGGAGGAAUCGAUUUUAAGACUAAUGAGAGUGACUUGAGGAAAUUUUUUGCCCAGUACGGCGCAGUGAAAGAAGUGAAGAUUGUAAAUGACAGAGCGGGCGUGUCGAAAGGGUAUGGCUUCAUCACUUUUGAAACACAGGAAGAUGCCCAAAAAAUUUUACAAGAGGCCGAAAAGCUGAAUUAUAAGGAUAAGAAACUGAACAUUGGUCCCGCAAUAAGAAAACAGCAAGUAGGGAUUCCUCGCUCCAGUCUAAUGCCAGCAGCCGGAACAAUGUACUUGACGACUUCCACGGGCUACCCCUACACUUACCACAACGGCGUGGCUUAUUUCCAUACUCCCGAAAUGACUUCAGCGCCGCCACCUUGGCCCUCGCGUUCUCUCUCCAGUUCUCCUGUGGUGGUUGCCCAGCCUGUGUAUCAGCAACCUGCAUAUCAUUAUGAGGCACCAGCCCAGUAUCUUCCAGGACAAUGGCCGUGGGGUAUUCCUCAGGCUCCUGCUUCUUCAACGCCAUUCUUAUAUCUGCACCCGUCCGAGGUCCUGUAUCAGCCGUUAGAAAUCUCCCAAGAAGGCGGCUGUAUGCCACCCCUCUCCCUCAUGGAACCUUCCAUCCCAGAGUUCGCCAGCCCAGGACCAUAUUGCUUCCGAAGACAGAUGGAUUGGAGGAAGGGUGAGUGGGAAUCUGUGGAGGAGAGGAAUUUGGAGAGUUCUCCAUUACAGAUCCUGUGUGUGCCAGAGGAAUCUAAGCCCUGUUUUUGCCCUUGCCAGGAACCAAGGUUACAUUCUGUGAGAAGAAACCCGCCGCUGCCUUCUCCCGUGAGUCCGAAGCCCCAGCCCGCCCGCGACCCCGACUUCCGUCCGCGGAAGGGCUUCCGAACGGAGGGCUCCCUUCCCACCCCUCCUCCGACUCCCGUGUUUAAGUAGGAUAACGAUGGUCCCAAAGAUGUGCCUCCCCACACCCCCCUCGAAGUGACCGGUGACUCUCCUAAGUGUUCUCAAACCCAAAUGCCUUUGCUCUUCAAGUCGGGAAACGAGGGAAUCCUUGAAGCGGGCCGAGCACAACGGCGGCCACGUGGGAUAAAGUCCGCGGCCUCCUCUCCCCAUCCACGUGGCCCGCGCGUAUUUAAGGUCAAGAAGCCCUUCAGGAAACCCCGAGCCAAUUUAGAACCAGAGCCUCUCUUAUCUGCAUCUGAGCCGCGUCCAGGUAUUAUUGAUUCACGGUCUGUGCCCGGAUUGCAAACCACCGUGCCUAGUGUCUAACCGUUUCCGUGUUUCGUUUCCCCGUGAAUUUUCUAUCCCUUAUCUUAAAGAUGUUUGCCCCGUGUACCUUUUAGUAACUUAUAUGUAGCAUCGUAAACAAAUCUUUUGUCCGUAUCGGCUCCCUUUGGUAACACUGACGUUCUUAUUAAAUACUGUGAACAGAA